AUGGCGGUAGACAGCAAGUUCGUCACAUAUCAACAUCCGACAUUCCAAGCGCUGGAGCUUCUACUACCUCGUACGCUUUGGUCCGAGACUUUUCUCGAUCUACGCGCAAAGUUCACCCUUACAGGCCCCCCGUUGUCCCCGGCAUCACAUUCGAAGCCUUUGGAACUGACCGCCACGUCAUUUCAUCACAACAAGUUGGAAAAGGAUUUCCCAAACGUAUCUAAUAGAGCUUUGAGUGUGUCGGCAGUUGAAAGCACAUCGCGGGGGCUUCACCACGGGGUAACGCAAGAAGUUGAUGAAAAUCAUACUGAUCAAGAGUGGAAUUCGCAUCACUGCAAUCCUUCUUGGUCGCUCGUAGCAUUGCAUCGGCGCUUCAUACGAGCCAAGUUCCCGCUUGGAUUUCAUUUUGGAUCCAAAAUAAGUGUCAGCAACUACAAAAGUGACUCUUGGAGUUCUGUGGCUCCUACCCACUCCCCACCGCUUCUGCCUGUGGUGUCGGAUACGGCUGUAGUACGAUAUGCAUACGGGGGUCCUAACCAAAUAAAGGAACAAGGGUGUGUGGAGACAAAACAUUCGUGCCUGAACGGGGAAGAAACGCAAAAAAGCUCCCUCCAGCAGUUAAAAGAAAGUGAGUUUCGCAAGGAAAUUCUCUCGACGGUGUUUGUUAAUGUUAACGGUGCUGAAGAGGACCCCACUGAUCGGAGCAAGUACAAACAGCGGAUGGUUUGCAGCCGGUUGAUCAAUACAAGCGACCAUAAUUAUUGUGGUGCUGGGGAGCAACAAGAGUUAAGGGCGAAGAAUUACGGUUUGGCUGCAAGGUGUAAACGCGUCCGAAACAAUCUCGUUGAAACCUCUCUGGACACGAGACAGAAUCAAAGGGAAGAUAGUGAAUGUUUCUCUUCUGUAAAAGUCCGAAAAGACAUGAAAAAUGGAAAACAUUACUCCCCAUGGACUCCAGGAUUUAUGUGUGAUUCCACCUUUCGCACGCUGCCCCACGAGUUGCGGAGGUCGGCAUCGUGCCACAUGGUUGAAAAAGACGGCGACUUACAGAAAGACGCAAGUGAGGAAAGUAGGAAGAGCGCGCGCUCGAGCCCCAUUACUGGGAAGAAGUGGGAACAUUCUGUGGAGGUGCAGCCGGCGGCGGCGUAUGCUUCUCCACGGUGCCCUCCGUGCUCUGCGAUGCCCCCAGUCUUCCAUAUCGAUGUAGAUGACGAUGCUGCGGGUGAAUGCUGGAAUUUAUCCCGUCACCGCUGUUAUUCAGAGGAGGCAUCGCAGAGGAAAGUUGAUAUAAGCAAAUGUGAAGACGGAGUAGCUGGGUAUAAAAUUCCUAGAUGUAGACCAGAUGGCAGCUCGACCACAUCCACUCAUGAAGCUUUAUCGGAGAAGAUCUAUGUGGGCGCAAGUGAGGUCUGUGUUAUGCAAGUAGGUUUGAUCUGUGAUGGAGCGAAUCCAUUGCUGCCUCAUAAACCGAGCCACACGCACGAAAGCCUUACGAUCGAUGCCACAACACCACCACUGCAAGACGUUACUAACGUAAACUCCUCGGAUUCAGUAAAUACUGCGUCGAUUUCGGAUCAACAUCGAGAUGCGCUCAACGCCCUACGCACGAUUUCCCAAGUCCUUACGGAGGUAAGGCAAAUCCAUCUAUUGUGUUGCCCUCUAUGCUCAUCGUCUGCAGGAUCGCUACGGUGGUGCAGUUGGGCAAGUCAAUCCAAGGGCACAUCCGGCAGAUCUCUUAUCGAAUGCAGCGAUUCUGAAAAAGCAGAAGAAGGGUCUCUUGAUGCUGAAGGUGAUAUCGAACGUGAUGCGGACGUCGAACUCUCCAUUGCAGGUCUGGUCGCGUAUCGGGAUCGCGUCGAGCGCGCUGUGGAUCGCUUUUUGCAGCAUCAAAGACUUCGUGUGCGGACCCUUCUCGACUCCAGGCCUAAUAUGUACAAAGAGUACACCUCCCCUUCGAUACUCUCCGCCAGCACCGCACUGAGAUCCAAGGUGGAUCAUGUGUUGCUGCGUGCAUGCCACGAAUUAGGCGGUGUGGAAUUGCUUGAGGCACUUAUGAUCGGCUUGCCCAAGGAUUUAUAG